UUGUAGUGAGACUUUGAUCGCAGCCUUUAUCGUUCAUUAGACGUAAAAUAAGAAUAGAACUACUAAAAAGUCCAAAGAAAUGUUGAAAGCAUCCAAAUCGAUUGCAGCCAUGUUAUCCCUUCCAUCAUGCUCUGGUGACUGGUGUGAUGUAGAACUUGAGACGUUGAGACAUGUAUGUUUUGCAGAGCAGCGAAGAUUGACGCCAACUUCGAGAAAUUAUGUUUUAUGUGAUAGGAUUAGGUCUAGGUGACGCUAAGGAUGUCACUGUCAAAGGAUUCGAAAUUAUUAGGAAAUGCGACCGCGUCUACCUGGAGUCUUAUACCUCUGUCUUGACAGUACAGCAGGAAACCUUGGAAGAAUUCUAUGGACGUUCCUUAAUAGCAGCUGAUCGUGAGUUAGUGGAGAAUUGUGUAAACGAGAUACUGCCAAAGAGAGAAGAUGAAGAUGUUGCUUUUCUGGUUGUAGGAGAUCCUUUCGGAGCUACUACGCAUACAGAUCUGAUUUUACGUGCAAAGGAGAAAGAUAUACAGGUGAAAGUCAUACAUAAUUCAUCAAUACUAACUGCAGUUGGUUGCUGUGGCUUGCAACUCUAUUCAUAUGGAGAAAUUGUUUCAAUUCCAUAUUGGAUGGACACUUGGCAACCGGACAGUUUUUAUGAGAAGAUAGCUUCCAAUAGACAGAGAGGGCUACAUACACUCUGUCUUUUAGACAUUAAGGUUAAAGAACCUACUCUAGAAAGUAUCAUGAAGAAAAAAAAGGAAUACAUGCCUCCAAAAUUCAUGAGUGUCAAUGAAGCUGCUAGUCAGUUGAUAGCAAUACUUGAUAAUAAGAUUCAGGAUGGCCACAAAGAUUUAGCAUUCACACAACAGAGCUUGGUGGUGGGUUUAGCACGAGUGGGAUGUGAGGAUCAACAUAUUAUCGCUUGUUCCUUACAAAAUAUGAUGCGUGUGAACUUGGGACCACCGCUGCAUUGCCUCGUUAUACCGGCUGAAAAACUCCAUCCCCUUGAAUUGGAAUUUUUAAUGCAGUACGCUUUCGACAAAGAUCAAUUCAAAGAAAUGAUACAACAAUCAUAAUCUUUUUUUAUCUUAGAAAAGAGUAAUUCUAUGUUUUGUACAACAACUUAAAAUAAAUUAAAUUGUAUAUUAAAAAAUAUUAACUAUUAAAAACUAUUAAAAAAUAUAUUUAUCUUAAAUGCAAGAUGUAUAACAGAAA